AUGGCGGACUCGUCGGAGAGAUUUGGGGACAAGGGCAUUAUCGAGCUCACGGGGAAGAUAAUGGUGGUCGCAAUCGUCCUACUCCUCUUCAUCGUCCUCUUCGUCUUCUGCCUCCACCUCUACGCCAAGUAUUUCUGGUACCGCCGCCGCGAAAACCCCAUCUCCGCCCCAGACCCGCUCCGCAGCCGCCUCCACUUCGCCGCCGGCCACCACGAUCUGGCUGUUCCCCGCCGUGGCCUCGACCCAUCGGUCCUCAAAACCCUGCCCGUCAUCGUGUUCGACCCGAACGGGCCCGAAAACGGGCUCGAAUGCGCGAUUUGCCUGUCCGAAAUCUCCCUAGGCGAAGAAACGAGGUUCUUGCCCAAAUGCAGCCAUGGAUUUCACCUCGAAUGCAUCGGCAUGUGGUUCGACUCCCAUUCCACGUGUCCUAUGUGUCGAAAACCCGUCGAUGAUGAUCCGAGCCGGUUAGAAUCGAGCCACGACCCGCCAUUGGAUUUCGUCACAAUUCAAAUCUCGGCGCUCGAAAAUUUAAGCCAUGGCAAUGAGGCACCGAAUUUCCCGACUAAUGUGUUGAUUUGGGGAAACGAGACUCAAGUCACCACGUUCGGUUCUUCUUCGGUUGAGGAGAAUAAUCGUGACAAUAUUGUCGUCGAGCAGUCAUUGGUGGGGUCCACAAGCGGCUCGCCUAGUCUAGAAUCGACGGUUGAGAUUGCACGUGAGUUGAAUGAGGAUGACAAACAAAAGUCUUCAUCAAUGCCAAUGGGACUUAGGUCGAUAAGGAGGCUUUUGAGUUGUAAUAAUAAUGAUGAUAGAAAGGUUAAUCCUUCUAGUUCGAGAAAUUCGGAUUUUUCGAGCUAG